AUGUCGGACAUGACUACUAAGCAUGUAACAGUCGCUACUCGUACCGAUACUGAAGUUUCGCAAUCUGUUCCGAAACGUCGACGAGCUGGCUCGGUCAUCAAUGAAUUUUGCUUGACGACAUCAAUACAAGGUUUCCCUGGUAUUGCACGCAGCGAAAGUAUACAUAAUUGGCUCUUUUGGACGGUUGCAUUGAUUUGUUUCACUGGUAUAAUGGUUUAUUUUAUUACUCAAACUAUUCGUGCAUAUUUCAACUAUCCUACACAAACAUCUGUAACGAUUGUUGUCGAAUGGCCUCAAUUAUUUCCUGCAGUUAGUAUCUGUAAUUAUGGUAUGAUACGAUAUGACCGAUUCAUCGGACCAUUUGUAAACUAUACAAAUACAUUAAAUAUAACCAAUACAACGGACACAGCUAAUUUCACUGAGACACAAUCGUACUAUAUUAAUGAUUUUCUCAUUGAUCAACUCAAUCAAGGAGCACCUUUUGAUAAUUAUUUUUUUCCGCUGGAUGGAAUGAUGAUAAGCUGUGCCUAUAAUGGGCAAACAUGUACAGUCGCGAAUUUUACUUCAUUUAUUUCGUCAGCAUAUGGUAUGUGCUAUACAUUCAAUGCUAAACUAAAAAAUGUCGUGGAUGGUGGUAUAAGAUAUGGCUCAGAAAAUGGAGAAAAUGGUCUACUAAAAUUAGUUUUGUACGCACAUCAACAGCAAUAUGUGCCUUAUACGAAAAUAGGCACUGGUAUUGUUGCAUUAGUUCAUGAUAAUUCCAAGGUACCUAAUGUUGAUUUGGAAGCCGUAUUUCUUUCACCUGGACGACAUCAUAAGCUAGGAUUUCAAAAGAAAAAGAAUGUCUUUUUGGCACCGCCUUAUACAACAUGUACCGAACAAAUCAGUCCUGGACUACAAGUUGUUUAUGAUGGAUACAAUGGUACUGAUUAUGCAUAUUCGCUAUUCUAUUGCACCAAUGCCUGCGUUCAAGAAUAUAUUUAUACGCAGUGUGGCUGCGGGGAUGCUGAAUUGUGGAAUAUUCGAGCUGUUGUCAUUCAAGGUACUGAGCAAAGAAUUAAUAUAUCAUUAUGUAAUACGAGCAAUCCAUGUCCCCGUAAAUAUAAAACAUUUAUUAUAAGUUCAGACUCCAUAUUGAAUGGAUACUGUCCUCAAUGCACAACAGAGUGUACCGAUACUGAGUUCAUUAUGAAAUUAUCAUCACUUUCGGCACCACCAGCGGUUCUAUUACCUCGUAUCAAACAGUUUGUUGAGUCUUCAAAUAUCACGCUACCUAACGAUUGGUCAACAUCAUGGGUUUCAGAGAUACAAUCGAAUUAUGUUUCAUUAGAAGUCGCCUAUGAAACUGUGCGAACGGAACUAUAUUCACAGCAAGCCUCAUUGGGUCCAGUUGAUGUUCUUUCGAAUGUUGGUGGACAAACAGGCCUUUGGAUUGGUAUUAGUUUUCUUUCAGUGAUGGAAAUCGCUGAAAUGAUCUAUCGACUCAUACGUUGCCUGUGUUUCAAUCGGCGACCAGUUGUUAACAACGAAAUCAAAGCACAAGAAGCUUUUCAAUAA